UGGACAUAAAAGGGGGAAAGGGAAACGUGAAAGACAGCGCCAAAAGUGUGUGAAAGUUGCCCGAGAGUUUGUCGUGCAAUUAGAGCAACAUACGACGACGACAACGACGACGACCAAAAGUGGACGACGACAGCUCUGGGAAACUUGCGAUCUGGUUGGGAUAUGCGUUUUCCGCUUGCGAUGGCACAACUUGAAAAUCAAGUUUUUCCAAUGUUGCUGCUGCAACAUCCAGCAUCACUUGAGGAGAGUACAAUGUCCAUGGCCAGGAAAUAGUGCAGCAACACAAUCAGGCAAAGAAAAGCGGUUUCCACCAAUUCAACAUGUUUUUCGCUGCCUUUUUCUACGGCAUUUUCGGUUUCUCUUCCUUUCUGAUGCUGAUGCAAGCAAAUCGAACGAAAUCGAAAUCAAUUUCGGAAUGUGCGUGGCCAUGGGGGCCAUCGAACCGCACUCAUCAGGAGCCAUUGGCCACUGGCCAUCGGUAUUGCUGUCGUUAUCAGCACAAAUACGAAUUGAAGAGUGCGUGAGUGUGGAAACAUUGUUGCGGCGAAAGUUUCCCUCUGGCUUCAAACUCCAGAUACUCGUGCGCACCGACACAGGGGAGGACAUUGUGCUGACCAUCGUAUUUAAUGGCUCUUGGCUCUUUGGCUCAUGUUGCCAUCAAAACUGGAGCACAAUUGCCAACCGCCGCAUGCUGCUGUGGCCGUGGGUGAAGCAAUGGCUGGGCCAGUGGCAGUGCCAGUGGCAGUGGAAGUGGAAGGAAGGAUGUGGCCAACAGGAAGUACAACUGUAAUGCGGUGCAGCGAAAUUGGCGAAAUGGGAAAUGUAAAAUGUAAAAUGGAAUAUUGCGAACACAAGUGGAGCUUGAAACGGAGAGAUGGAAAUUUAAUUUACGCAGAACUCCUUGAAAGUGCAUUCCAAAAACUGAUGAAAUGAACCUUUUCCACUCUGCUGAGCAGAGAACAAUUAAACUUAUCGGGGCAGUUUCAUUGUACAACGAUCAUAGCUACGAUUGCAUUUGUACAAGUAUGAAUCAACUAAUUGAGUUCCCAUGCGAUGGGGAAAUGGGGUGCUAUUUCAUUUGAACAAAUCCGCAAAUAAUCUAAUAAGCUGCGAACAUAAAUCUGCACAUAAAUAUUCGGGACGUCAUCUUUCUGUCAGUGGAAAUGAAUGGCAUUAAUUGUCGAGCACCGGGCCAGAAUGUGAAAUAUGCCUCAGAGAGAGAGAGAGACACAUACAUAUACUAGUACUGUUUGUAGUAUAAGUGGAUAUAUGUACAAAUGUAUUUACGAGACAGUUUUGAAUGCCGAAAGAAAUUGCACAGAAAAGAUCUCUGUGCAGCGUUGAAAUAUCAUAAACAAUUUCGGAUUCUGAUUCAGAUACCAAUUCCGAUUCUGCUAUAUACAGAUACAGUUACAUAUACAUAUACAGAGAGAUGAAGGUGCAUUUAUAGAACACUAAGCAUAGAUCAUUGCGAUUUAAGUGCCCGAAUAUUUGCCAGCAGCCUCAAGCCAAAAGUAAACAAAUAUGCCAAUAAACAAAUGGAUCGAUAGACAGAGGGGCAGAGAAAGGGGAGAGAGAGAGAGAGAGAGAGAGGAGGCGCAACCGCGUGCAUAUAUUCCCAGUUUUAUUUGCCAAACAAUACUGGAAAUACUGAACUAUUUCAUUGAAAACAGGCACACGCAACAGCAGCUAUCCAAAAGGGAGAGAAGAGAUGGAAAAUUAUAAAUGGAAAAUGUAAACAGACAUUGCAGUCCGCAAGAGAAGUAAGCGAUAAUUCGAAGCUGAAAAUGCCCAACACCUCCAUUAUGAGGCAGCCCCCGGCGCGGAAUCAGUUUUCAUUAAUUGCAUUUCGCAUUUCACAUUGAGUGUUGUUGCUCUCCAAUUUGUUUGUGAUUUUGCCUCUGUGGGGAUGAUGGCCACUGUUCAAGUGCGAUGCAAGGUCAAUGCCAGCCAAUAGAGGAUCGGAUUGGGAAGUGUCAUGACAUUUGAGGAUCGCAUUCGUUGUAUAACCGUUGCCGGUGGGUGGGUGGUAUAAUUGUGGCAGUGUGACCGCUCGCACACAGCAUGGAACGCCUCGAUAACCGAAAGAAUUUGCACCCCAUUGGGGCUUAUAUAAGUCGAAGUGUGGCCCAACGCUUGAUUUUCGACUUGAGGCGUAUCUAAUCGUUUUGUUCCAUGACAGAUCUGCUUGGAAGCGGUGGAUAGACCGAAUCCAGUUCAGAGCACAGCACAUAGUCCACUUCUAAUUCCAUUCCGAACCCCUAACCUGAAGGUGGCUGCCAUUG